AUGCAUCUUCUUGCCAAACCCUACACAGAUAUAACCUUGCUUGCCAUCAGAUUCAGCUCUCUGCACACACUCCACCCUCACAAGCAUUCCGCUCAACACGAGGAUUUACGGGUAAAUAGAUACACGAUCAGACGAACAAAACCAAGAUAA